AUGGCGGACACCGUGCCAGAGAAGAAGGUGAAGUUGGAGCCACAAAUCAAGUCGGUUGACAUGAGCGAGGACAUGCAACAAGAAGCGAUCGAAGUUGCACAAGAAGCAAUGGAGAAGUUCAGUGUAGAGAAGGACAUUGCGCAGUACAUCAAACGAGAGUUCGAUUCGAAAAAAGGUGCCACAUGGCACUGUAUAGUUGGCAGGAACUUUGGAAGCUUCGUUACUCACGAGACGAAGCAUUUCAUUUACUUUUACCUUGGACAUGUUGCGAUUCUGCUGUUCAAAACUCAGUGA